AUGAAGCACAACUGCGAACCAAAAUGUGAGACCAACCAAAGCCAAAAACAAACAGACAAAAUGCUGGAAGUGACCAACUUAGCUACUAGGCUGCUCAACACCUGGAAGCAGCUCAAGCAGGUGUAUCGGAUCCCAAAGAAGAGGCCAGCAGAAAAGGAGAGCAGUGCCAAUCGUGGCAGAGACACCAUCAGCCACAGGGAUGGGAGGCCUGCUGCCAAGCACCACAUCCUCAGCAGACAGCAGGAACCCGAGAGGCACAGAGGCUGUGGAAAGAGACGCAGAGAGUCGUCACCACUGCCCUCGGCUUAUGACCGAGGAAUGAAGAGGCCAGUGGAGAGGUACGACACACCAGCGUCUUGUAAGAAAAGAGCGCGAAUUGAGCCUCACCACAGGCUGUCCCUGGCGGAGCGCAGGAAGCUGUUUGAGCAGCAGUUUGCCCAGCAGGAGGCCCAGAAACAGCAACAGCAAAACUGGCAGAUGGCGAACACCCUGGCCUGCAACUUCAGCUGCCGAGGGAGAAGCUCUUACCUGCAAAGAAAGCAGCCACCAGCACCCAGACAUCAGCAUCAGGGUCUACUCGGGCUAGGUUUACCAGCCAGGCUUGGGAGCGUACGGCAAGGCAACAGCCAGUGGGGUGCGAGGUCUGCGGGCAGACCUUCUGCAGCUAAUUACCAGCCAAUUCAAGGGCAAAUACUGGAUUCUCUGACAGAUGAUUACAAGGACUAUGAAGAGGAUGACCGUUGGGAUGACGAUGGCCAGCUUCGUUUUCCCAGCCCCUCCAGUGAAUGCCAGGCACCCAGGCAGAAAGCAGAGGGCUCAGUGCAGGCACGCAAGAUGAGCGGCAGUUCAUGCAAGGAGCCGGUGCCCGGCAGGGAGAAGAUGGUGGUGACGGUUGUGGAGAAAAACAAUGCAAAAAAGCGAGGUCCACCAAAAAGAAGACACCCGGACCUGGAGAGUACCUCCGAGGGUGAUGUGGACUCGAGGGACAAGAAGGUGGCGAAACUGGAAGCGGGGCAAGUGGAGGCGAUGUGGCCGAACUCCUCCACGGUCAGUCCACUGUGUAUCAUGGAUGACUUCAUAGACCCCCAGCGUUGGAAGGAGUUUGCCAAGCAAGGAAAGAUGCCCCCUUACUUUGACCUGAUUGAGGAGAAUGUGUACUUGACAGAAAGGAAGAACAAAAAAUCUCACCAGGACGUGAAGCACGUGGUGUGCCAAUGCCCGCCUCUCUCCAAAGAGCAGCGAGCUCAGGGACAGGUUGCUUGCGGAGGACGCUGUCUCAAUCGCCUCCUCCAGAUAGAGUGCUCUUCCCAGUGCCCAAAUGGCAACUACUGCUCCAACAGGCGCCUCCAGGAGAAACAGCAUGCAGAUGUUGAAGUGAUCCUCACUGAAGACAAAGGCUGGGGGCUGAGGGCUGCCAAAGAUCUGCCACCAGACACUUUCAUCAUGGAGUACUGUGGAGAAGUGCUGGAUCACAAAGAGUUCAAGGCUCGCAGGAAGGAAUAUGCCCGCAACAAGAACGUUCAUUCUUAUUUCGUAGCCGUGAAGGAAAAUGAGAUCAUUGAUGCUACCCAGAAAGGAAACUACUCUCGUUUCAUGAACCACAGCUGCGAACCAAACUGUGAGGCACAAAAGUGGAUGGUCAAUGGGCAGCUCCGAGUUGGGCUUUUCACCACCAAACUAGUCCCAUCAGGCUCGGAGCUGACAUUUGAUUACCAGUUCCAGCAAUACAGCAAAGAGGCUCAGAAGUGCUUCUGCGGCUCAGCCAACUGCCGGGGUUACUUGGGAGGAGAGAAGGGGGUCAUCAUCAGAGCUGCCAGAACAAUAAUGGAAAAGGUACGCUCCCGUAAGGAGCACUCGGUGGACAGGCAGCUGGAAGCGCUGCUGGAGAACGGAGAGGCUGACAGCGAUGAGAGCCAAGGUCUCCGGUUAUCCUGGCUGAUGCUUCGAAUUAAAACUCUGGAGCAGAAGCUCACCUGCCUCAGAAUCAUACAAAACAUCCACUCGCAGUCCGUCCUGAAAUCCUUCCUGAAGCACCAUGGCUUAUCUCUCCUCUGGAUUUGGAUGAAGAGGAUGGACUAUGGGAAAAGCAGCACGGCUAACAAGCUGCAGCUGCAGCUGGAGAUUCUGAAGACGCUCGAGCUCCUGCCCAUCCCCACCAAGAACAUGCUGGAAGACAGCAAAGUGAUUCCCAUCAUCGAGCGCUGGGCUGAGACCAACCAAAGCCGAAAACAAACGGACAAAAUGCUGGAUGUGACCAACUUAGCCACUAGGCUGCUCAACACCUGGAAGCAGCUCAAGCAGGUGUAUCGGAUCCCAAAGAAGAGGCCAGCAGAAAAGGAGAGCAGUGCCAAUCGUGGCAGAGACACCAUCAGCCACAGGGAUGGGAGGCCUGCUGCCAAGCACCACAUCCUCAGCAGACAGCAGGAACCCGAGAGGCACAGAGGCUGUGGAAAGAGACGCAGAGAGUCGUCACCACUGCCCUCGGCUUAUGACCGAGGAAUGAAGAGGCCAGUGGAGAGGUACGACACACCAGCGUCUUGUGAGAAAAGAGCGCGAAUUGAGCCUCACCACAGGCUGUCCCUGGCGGAGCGCAGGAAGCUGUUUGAGCAGCAGUUUGCCCAGCAGGAGGCCCAGAAACAGCAACAGCAAAACUGGCAGAUGGCGAACACCCUGGCCUGCAACUCCACAGGCUACGGCACACCCUACAGCAGCUUUACUGGCUGCACACCUGACUACCCCAUGCAAGCCCCCGUAGUCCCCAGCAGCCUCAACGCUGGGGAGGUGCUGCUGCCCACACCCAACAUGGGUUUCAUGGGCUUGCCAAGGGGACACGAGCACCUGCAGACUGUGGGGCAGAGACAGAGCUACAGGGUCUGGGACUGCAGCCAGCAGAAUGUAACCGGACAAGAGCAUCACCUGCCAGCCCAGAGCCAACCAGCCUGGCAUUAAGAAGCACAGACCGACUAGGCUGUAACACGCCUCUGCUUGCAGAUGACCCCACCGACUAUAGACACACACAUCCAACCGGAUCUCCAGUACCAACAGUUUUAGAAGGAUCAUCCACAGAAAGACAGAGAGCGGCCACCAACAGUGAUGACAACAACUCUCUUUGAAACCACGCACUCGUGAAUAGUUUGUUUGUUUAAAAGAAAAUAAAUGUUGUUCCUUGCAGUGUGAGGCAGUUUGUGGGUCUUUGAAAAAAAGCCAGGCUUUGCUAAGCUGGACUUUGCUGACUUUCCUACCCUGACAAUGCUGUAGAACACACACAGCCUGUGUGUAUUACACACUGUAUUACACACAUGCUCUGUAUUACACACUGAGCCAUGUCCAGAGAAGGGCAAGAAUGCUGCUGAAGGGACUCCAGUACAAGUCUUACGAGAAGCAGCUGAGAGAAACAGGGCUGUUAAAUUUGGAGAAAAGGAGGCUGAAAGGAGACUUUAUUGCUCUCUUUAUAACUAUCUGAAAGGAGGUUGCAGCAAGGCGGAAGCUGGUCUCUUCUCCCAAGCAAAGAGAGAUAUGAAACAAGAGGAAAAAUUUCUUUGCCCAAAGGGUUGUCAAGCAUUGGAACAGGUUACCCAGGGAAACGUUGGAGGUAUUUAAAGAGCCAUGAAAGUGAUGCUCAACAACACGAUUUAGGGACGCACUUGAUGAUCCCAAGAAGGGUUCCGUCCAACCCAAAUGAUUGUACAAUUGCUGCCAGCCAAGCUAUCAUCAGCUCAAUGCUGCCCUCAGCAGGGCCGACAAACUCCUGCAGAUAGGAUUUGACCCUCGAAUUGGAUGCUCUUGCCCAUACUUCUUUUAAACCACAUGAGCAACUGCAUUUAAGACAGUGAUCAACCCACUUGUUCCCCUCAAAGCAGACCGCUAUUACUGUGUCAGCUACCCCACUUGCUGACUCCAGAGAGAACACAGUAUGCCUCACCCCCAGCCUCUCAGCGAGGUUAGUGGAAGCAGACAUUCUGACCAAGACCACUUAGAAGGGAAAUCUGCCCUACUUCUCUGUCUUUGUUACAAGGCCUGGAUGCCAAGCACCAACUUUGCAAACUCAAGUCUUUUAAUGAGCAUUUCAGAGAACUGUUACCAAGUGGCUCCGGGCCCUCUCAGAUGCAAGGAUUUUCAAAAAAAAUCUUCUGCUUCUCCUGAGACCGAGCUCCAAGAGCAGCUACAGAGACACUGUAAGAUGAAAUCACGAUUCACAGCCACCUACAGACGCAACCAAAAGCCUAUGUGAAAAAUAAGAGUAUUAGAAAGACUUGGUCAAGACAGGAAGACAACCCACGGCUCUUGCUCCCCCCUCCACCCUACUCAGAGCAUCUGAGACAGCAGGUUUUACACCCAGUCUGGACACAGCUUAACACCCUGUUCCUCUGAGCCCAAGGAGUCAUUCCA